AUGGCCGAACCCAUCAGAAACAAGCGGGCAGACCUCCCCACCGCUCCCACCCCUCAGAACACUCCUGCCUCCAAUGCUCCCAUCUCGUCGCACGCCCAGCAGCCCGGCGUUGCUAGCAUCAAGGAAGAGGACCUGGACCGUGCCGCCGCCGCAUCCAUCUUCGCCCAGAACCCCAAGCUCGUCCAGAUGAUCCAGGGCCGACUUGGCACCCUGGUCGGCCGCUCAUCCGGCUACAUCGAGUCUCUUCCCACCCAAGUCAAGAAGCGUGUCUCUGGCCUGAAGGGCAUCCAGAAGGAGCACUCCAAGCUCGAGGCCGAGUUCCAGGAGGAGGUCCUCCAGCUCGAGAAGAAGUACUUCGCCAAGUUCACGCCUCUGUAUGAGAAGCGCAAGGAGAUUGUGAACGGCGCGACCGAGCCAUCCGAGGCCGAGAUCCAGGCCGGCGAGGAGGAUGAUGAGGAGGACGAGGAGGCUGAGGAGGCUGCCGCCACGAAGGAGGAGAAGCCUGCCGAGUCCACCGAGCCCGUCUCUGGUAUCCCCGAGUUCUGGCUCUCCGCGAUGAAGAACCAGAUCUCCCUCGCUGAGAUGAUCACCGACCGUGAUGAGGGUGCCUUGAAGCACCUCACCGACAUUCGCAUGGAGUACCUUGACAAGCCUGGUUUCCGAUUGAUCUUCGAGUUCUCUGAGAACGAGUUCUUCACCAACAAGACCAUCACCAAGACUUACUUCUAUCAGAAUGAGAGCGGCUACGGUGGCGACUUCAUCUACGACCACGCUGAGGGCGACAAGAUCGACUGGAAGUCCGGUCACGAUCUGACUGUCCGAAUUGAGCAGAAGAAGCAGCGCAACAAGAACACUAAGCAGACGCGUAUCGUCAAGAAGACGGUCCCGACCGAGUCAUUCUUCAACUUCUUCUCUCCCCCCACCGCCCCGACUGAGGACGACGAGGAUGAUGCCGCCUCUGACAUUGAGGAGCGUCUCGAGCUAGACUACCAGCUCGGCGAGGACAUCAAGGAGAAGCUCAUUCCCCGUGCGAUCGAUUGGUUCACCGGUGAGGCUCUGGCCUUUGAGGAGAUAGACGAGGAUGAUCUGGAGGAGGACUUCGACGAGGAUGACGACGAGGAUGAUGACCUCAGCGAGGACCGGGACGAUGACGAGGAGUCUGAGGAGGAUGAUGACGAUGCCUCCAAGCCGAAACAGGAGGCUGCCGAGUGCAAGCAGAGCUAG